AAAAAAAACUCUCCAUUUCCUCCUUAAGUUGAAACGACCGUGGUAAGGUACUGGUUUUCAAAUGGAAGGCGGCCAAGUGGGUGCCGAAGUAAGCUGCCGCUCAACGCGGAGUUUCCUUUCUCUUAUCAUUACUCUAUCGACACUUCUACGAUCCUCAUUACUACUUUUCCUCGUCACUGUUGCCUUCCAUGCUACUGUCCUCAUGACUGCUACCCUCAUGACUACUAUCCUCAUUGCUGUCUUACCUAGAUACCUCAAUGAGGUUACGUAUGGGAUAUACAUAGAGAGGUAGCUCCAAAGAGCAGUAAUAGUAAUGGAAAAUGAAACAAAAAUAGAGGAG